AAGUAAGCUUUGCAGUGAGGCUGCAGAGAAGCAGUGGGGCACAACCCCUCCCGGUGCUCUGAACACGUCCAGACCUUGGUGAAAACCUCGGGUUCAGGAUAAUAUUGCAGAUGCCGGGCACAGCAAGGCAUGACCGAGACAUGGCAAUACAGGCCAAAAGAAACCUAUUGGAAGCUACUGACCCCAUUGAAAAACUUCGUUUGCAGUGUUUAGCAAAGGGAUCUGCUGGCAUCAAAGGACUUGGAAAAAUGUUUCAAAUUAUGGAUCACAACAACAGCAGAACCCUCAACUUCCAAGAAUUUAUGAGAGGAUUACAAGAUUAUGCAAUCAUGCUAGACAAGGAAGAAGGACAAAAGGUUUUCCAAAUAUUUGACAAAGACGGCAAUGGAACAAUUGAUUUCGAUGAACUUCUUGUUACCCUGAGACCUCCCAUGUCAAAUGCAAGAAAGGAAAUAAUAAUGCAAGCAUUUCACAAAUUAGACAAGACCGGAGAUGGUGUCAUAACAAUUGAAGACUUAAGAGAUGUGUAUAAUCCGAAACACCAUCCUAAAUACUUAAAUGGAGACUGGACAGAAGAUCAAGUUUUUAGAGCCUUUCUGGAUAAUUUUGAUUCACACUAUGACAAAGAUGGGAAGGUCACAAAAGAAGAAUUCAUGAACUACUAUGCAGGAGUCAGUGCUUCAAUUGAUUCAGAUACCUACUUUAUCAUCAUGAUGAAGAGUGCUUGGAAACUCUGAUCACACAAUUAAGGAAGCAAAACUUUACUUCCACCCUUUCUAUGUUUCUUUGAUUACAUGUAUGCACAACACCCUCAUGCUCCUUUAAAACCAUUUCCAGUAACUAUGGCAAUUACAGUCAGUCUGCAGAAUUAAUUCCAGAUGCUUGGGGGAGGGGAGAAUAAUCAGAGAGCACAUCUGGCAUCCAGCCA